GCGUGGUUGGUACAUAAUCCCACGCCGCGGGGUUUCCAGCGCCCUCUCCUCUCAGGAAGGUUAGCGGGGAGCCCAGCCCCGCUUCCCCACACCGCCGCAUCGCAUCGCAUCGCAUCGCAUCGCAUCGCAUCGCAUCGCAUCGCAUCGCAUCGCAUCGCAUCGCAUCGCAUCGCAUCGCAUCGCAUGCAUCGCAUCGCAUCGCAUCGCAUCGCAUCGCAUUCGCAUCGCAUCGCAUCGCAUCGCAUCGCAUCGCAUCGCUCCGCCGCUCCUUCACGGCUCGGCGCCUCCACUCCUCCCCCGCCCAAAACCUCCCGGAGGCCCGACCUGCCGCGCGCAGGUGACAGCAGCUCCGACACCCUUCUCCCCCCCCCUCCACUUCUCCCCUUCCCCUCUCCUUCCCUCCCCCGGGCCCUCCUCCCGUCACUGAUUCGGCGCCGGAGCCCCGGGAGCCCGAGCCCCCUCCCCAACCCCAACCCCCGUCCCCCGCCGCGGCUCCUGAGCUGUCAGUGCGCAGGCAGCGCCUCGGCCCCGCGUCGCCAACAUCCGCCAACCGCCGCCAACCGGGGCCGCCACCGCGGGGCGGCAGCAGAUACAACAAUGACCCUGAAGGUUCAGAUCAUGUUUGUCUUCCUUUGCUGCAUGAUUUUUCUGCCUACAGAUGGCUUCCCAGCAGACACCAGUGCUGAAUUUCGCUCUGCUUUCUCCGUGGCCAGGACCAGCAGCAUGGAAGGGAGCUCCGAGAUGGUCAUCACCUUUGACAAAGUCUACGUGAACAUUGGCAACGACUUUGAUCCCAAGACUGGAUUGUUCCGCUGUCGGAUCCCCGGAGCCUACUACUUCUCCUUCACUGUUGGGAAAUACCCAAAGAAAAACCUGUCUGUCAUGCUGAUGAGGAACAAGAAUGAGGUGCAAGUGAUUGUCUACGACGAGCAUCACCGCAAGGAACGGAAGGUGGCCAGCCAGAGCGCCAUGCUGCAGCUUGACUACGGUGACACCGUGUGGCUGCGUCUGCAUGGGGACCCCAAAUAUGCCCUUUACAGCAACGUGGGUCCCUAUACAACUUUCAAUGGCUACCUAAUCUACCCAGACACUUCUGCCUUCUUCCAGAAUGCUCUCAGCUCUCAGGAGCUGGAGCCACACCGUCACGCCGUUCAGCAGCUUCCCAGAGAGCCGAAUGAAGCUUCAGAGGGACACAUGUUGUCUGAUCAACCAAGGAGGGAACAAGACCCCCGCUCUGCAUUUUCUGUUGCCCGCUCACAAAGUCUCCUGGGGACAGAUGACAAGCAAACCCAGCAUGAGCCAAUCACGUUUGACACGGAGUUUGUGAACAUUGGGAAAGAUUUCAAUUCCUCCACUGGCAUCUUCUCCUGCCGUAUACCUGGUGCAUACUAUUUCUCCUUCACCAUUGGCAAAAUGCCCUUUAAGACAAUGUCAGUGAAACUGAUGAAGAACCACAACGAGGUGCAAGCCAUGAUCUAUGAUGACAACCACUCCAAGAGGAGGGAGAUGCAGAGCCAGAGCAUCAUGCUGCCUCUGCAGUAUGGGGACACUGUCUGGCUCUACAGCCAUCAGCACGAUGGCUACGGUGCCUACAGCAACCACGGCAAGUACAUCACCUUCACGGGCUUCCUGAUCUAUCCAGAGGCUCAGCCAAAAUGGCUUCCAGGUGCCAGCUCACCCCAAGGAUCAAAUAAUUAAAUCAUUGUGAAAGGAGGAUAAGAAGAGCCAAGAUGCCGUGGACUUGGGUAUAGCUUCUCUUCAGAUAUCAUCCUCUACUUUGAGCAUGCUAACCUGUGUCUGGUGCUUUCCUUAUGCUGCACGCUUGUGCCCUGCCUGCAGGGCUACUGCUGUGUCUGUCCUUCAUCCAUAGAAAGGUCUUUCCAGGUAUGUGUGUGUGUGUCCUGUGUUGGUGUUUGAUUUGAGCAUAAAGCAUGAGGUAGUUUUGGGGCUGGAGUGGGGCAGUGUAGUGAGAUGCUGAGGAUCAGGGAAGCACUGCAGUAACGUGACUGCAGAUCCACAGCAUCCAGAAAGCAAAGGAUGUGGUGAUUUUCCUUGCAUAUCUGGGGAGGGAAUAAUUGUAAUGAAAAUGAAUGUAAUAAAAGUACAAAAUAUGU